ACAGUUUUACUGUGAGAUAAUUUAAAUUUAAAGUAAUUAUUUACAACAAUAUUAUGGAGGAAGAAAACUGUUUUGUUGAAAAAAAGGUGGAUGAACAAAUACAUCAAAAUAUUUUAGGAGGUGUUGUUAAGUUUGGUACAGGUUUGUUUUUGGGGUCUCUAUUCUCCUUAUUGUUUUUUAAGAGAAAAAAAUGGCCAGUAGUACUUGGUGGAGGAUUUGGUAUUGGUAUGGCAAAUAAAUAAACUAAGA